CGCAUCAUACGUCCCCUGCUGUAAAUGCGUGUGAGCGCGUGCCUGGCCUGGAAAGAUGGCGGCCUGUGCGUUACGCCGAGGCUUUCUGAGCACCGUCAGUAAAUACAGUAAGAAACACACACACAGGAUACUGAGCGUGGUGGACAGCAGCAGCGGCUUCGAGGUGUUCAGACCGAGGCUACCCUGCCGGGCCUGCGGGGUGUCCGGAGGAGUCCAGCAGAGGAGGUUCAUGUCGUCACGGAGCAGGCCUGAAGGGAAGAUUUUGGAGACAGUUGGAGUGUUUGAGGCGGUGAAGCAGCACGGCAAAUAUGAAACAGGACAGCUGUUCCUCCACAGUGUGUUCGGCUACAGAGGCAUCGUCUUGUUCCCCUGGCACGCACGACUCUACGACAGAGACAUCACCCCGCCCAUGUCUGACAGCAAACCGGAGCCGCCUGGAGCUCACGGCUCCAAGGAGGUGAAGGGGAAGACCCAUACCUACUACCAGGUCCUGAUCGACACCAGGGACUGCCCCCACAUAUCUCAGAGGUCUCAGACUGAGGCAGUGACGUUUUUGGCCAACCACGAUGACAGCAGAGCUCUGUACGCCAUCCCAGGUCUGGACUACGUGAGCCAUGAAGACAUCCUGCCCUAUAACUCUGCAGAGCAGGCCCCCAUCCAGCACGAGCUGUUUGAGCGCUUCCUCAUGUACAACCCUGCCAAAUCUCCCCCAUUCACAGCCAGAGACACCCUGAAGGCGUGGCAGGAGAAGAACCACCCCUGGCUGGAGCUGUCGGACGUCCACAGGGAAACCACGGAGAACAUCCGUGUCACUGUCAUCCCCUUCUACAUGGGCAUGAGGGAGGCUCAGAACUCUCAUGUCUACUGGUGGAGGUAUUGUAUCCGUCUGGAGAACAUGGGCAACGAGGUGGUGCAGCUCCGAGAGAGACACUGGAGGAUCUUCAGCCUGUCAGGAACUCUGGAGACAGUCAGAGGGCGAGGAGUCGUAGGACGGGAGCCGGUGUUGUCCAAAGAGCAGCCCGCCUUCCAGUACAGCAGUCACGUGUCUCUACAAGCCCCCAGUGGUCACAUGUGGGGGACGUUUCGUAUCGAAAGGACUGACGGCUCCCACUUUGACGUUCGCAUUCCCCCUUUCUCCCUGGAGAGCAACAAAGACGACAAAGCGCCCCCUGCUGGAUACACGUUCUAACUGCCAGUAGCCACCUCCCACCUGCGAGUACCUGGACACGCUUUCAGUCCUGGUCCUGUCUGAAUGUCCUAGACUCAUCCUUCCUUUGUAACAUUGCCUCAGCCUUCAGCAUAAGACGAGUGUCAGUCAGGUUAUGCAAAGGGAACGCAUAACAGAGUCCAGGUCGUCUCCUAUCAGGCCCAACUUGCCCUUUUCCCGAGUGCACGCAGCAGCAGUAGCUCAUUGAUUAAAUCAUACAGGGUAGAAAAUGAUCGGCAGUUUGUGCAUCUUCACGUCAUGUUGAGUUUGAAAGACACACACAGUCAAGUGGAAGAACAGCGGGAGGCAGGGGGGGGUUAAAGUUGCCGAUAGUUGAAAUAUGGAGCAGGAUGUUUCUCCUGUGAGGAUUCUCCUGCUGCGUUCUGAGUUCAUGAAAAGACUGUCAACACUUGUAAACACUAGCUGAGCAUCAAACUGAGGACGCACAAAGCAUCACUUAGACUUCAUGUUACAAACUCCUCCUCUCAUGGUGUUCUCCUUUCAAUCUCUGAAAAUAUGACUCUUAUCCUGGACUUUUUCCUGUCAUGUUUCUUUUUUUAUCUCUAGUAUUGGAGUCAGACCUCUGGGGGUCACUUAGGCGAAGGAAAUCACUUUGAAAUGUGGGCUGGCUACAGAGCUGAAGGACUCAUUUUUACUGUUUUACAACAUUAAAGCACAGUGAAGAAGAAGAAUGCAGUAAUAUUUAUUUUACCUCAUCUCGAGUAGCAUUCGUAACACUAGUAGUGCACCAGCGUUUAAGCAAGCUCUGGCUGUAUGCACUAUUGAGAACACAUUAGUCCUGAUACAAUAUGAGAUAAAUCUGCCACUCUGUUUAUUUAACUUUAAUUUAUUACUUCAAAUCCUGAGUGUAAGCUUUCAAACAAACUAUGCAUCUCUUCCCUGAGUUGGAGAGGUGAGCUCGAGUUGAGUUUAAAGCUCCUGUGAGGAACUUUUUGGGGUGUGUUAGGUUUGGCAGCCCCUGUGGACAAAGUAGUACCUCACAUCUCUCCGCUUAUUUUGUCUUUUUUAGUAUUUAUAUGCAAGUCCCAAUGAAUCUUAGGCAUGGGGAAUGUUUCAAAGAUGCUGUUUUGGCAGCAGAAAGGGUGACAGGCUUUAUAAGAACUAGUUUCUUCUUUGGUGGUCUUUUUCUUGGUUUUGUAAAUCAUUUUCAUCACAAGCUAAAAACUCCUCCCAGGAGCUUUAAACAUUUAGUUUAUCCAAAGUGUUUGUUUUUUAAAGGAGACUUCUUGAGGUCACUAUUGCCAAAAAAAGAGAAAGCAGCCGUCACACCUUGACCAUCACUGCUCUUUUUUAUAUUACGACAUCCAUGUAAAACAGUUAGCAUCUCCAUUUAUAAUAAAGGUCUUGAAACUUAAAAAAAAAAGCAACAUUUGUGCUUAUUUUAGAUCAUAUUUGAAGCGAUCUUCAAGUUAUUGAACAUUAACGAACAAUUCUCUUCAUCAGUGCAUCUAAAAAUAUCCCCAAACCAUCCUCUGUGCUUCAGUGUUGUGAAACAUCAAAGUGAAAACCCAAAAUAAAGGCGGGGGAGCUGAAUGGUUUUGUAAGUACUGAGCUGUUUGCAGUAUCAGACAAGAAGUCCCCGCUCCUCUGCUGAACAGAGUCAGGAAGCAGAGCUUAGUUCUCCUGGAAUAACAAAUGCAGCGCACCAUAAAGUCAUUAAACUAAGCGGUUGGCAGCCAGUGUUGUGGCUCUUUGGAGAGGAGUGUGUGUGUGUGCAAGUGUGUAUAAGUGUGUGUGUGUGUGUGAAAUGUCUACCUUCUUCUCUGCAGUCUGCUCUCCAGAAUGAAGUCUUCAUGUGCACACAAACACGCCCCGUGUCUUUUGUUAAGGCUGACUGCUUGACUUCUGUGACGAGAAGCCGAACAUUUCUCCGACGACGUGAGGAAGAGAAACUAACACCUUUGUUUUGAUAAGUGAUUUGAAGAUGGUUGGAAUACUACUGUAAAUAGAGAUGUAAUUAAAGGCAAAACUAAUAAAUAUUCCUUUUGAAAAAUA